AAAAAAAUUGAGCUCAAGUAGAGUAUCAUCACCAUUUUUUCUUUAAUCACCAAAAUUGUGAGGUACAAAAAUUCCAUUCGAGUUAUAACAUCAUCAUAAUUUGUUACGAUUGUUAUGCACGUUACUUGGGGACCAUGGUGAGUAACAUUUGUACGUGGUGGGUACGUAGCAGACUAAUUAAAUAAUCACCACAAAAAAUAAAAACAAAUAAACUUUUCUUUUAAUAAUCUUCUGAAAUGCUGGCAAGAUGGGGCCUCCAUUCUCCGACUUUAUUGCUCCGGCGAUGCCGUUGAGACGCCGCCUUCGGCUUCGCCGGCGAUGUGGCCGAUGUAUUAUUAGUAGUAGUAGUAUCGUCGGAAAUUUUCUUAUUCCCGGACUUCGGGGAGCCGGCGGCGAGUUUCUUUUUCUGAUCUCGUGGGACGGAAGACGCCGGAAUCAAGAAGUAGAUGCUGCCCCUCUUGAGCUCCGACGUCGGAGAGACGAUCAGAAUCCGGCGAACCAUGCCCUGAGAAGUGGGUUUGCUAAGGACGUGAUUGGGGUUGUCCUUGAGGACUUCACCGGCGGUGAUUGGGUGAGUGAUUUCGUCAAUGUGCCCAUUCAAGUGGACUAUACGGAUCAAGUCUAAGGCUCCACAUGGAAGAACGCAUGCCAAACAGCACCUUAAAGUGUUGCCCAUCUCCACCAGAAUUAAUAACAGUUUGGAUGAUUACAAAGAUUUUGGAGAAUCAGUAAAGUGAUCUGACAAAUGCUUCAGUUCUCUUGAGAUUGUCUGAACUCUGAAUGGGAGGAAAAUGUUAACUGUAUCUAUAUAUAGCUCCAAAC